CUCAUAUCCUGGCAACCUGCUCUAGCACGCAGGCGAAAACCCUGCUUGAGAUGUUCUGAAUCAAAGGCUCUAUAGACAGCUUCGGGCUUCCACGAGAUUUUAUCAAUGCGGCGGGUUAAAAAGUCCCGCAACGGCUGUGCGCGGUGCAAGAGUAAACGGGUCAAAUGUGGUGAGGAAUCGCCUGCUUGUCAUCGCUGCACUCGGUUGGGCGUCCGAUGCCCUGGAUAUGUGCAACCGCUCCGCUGGGUCACUGAGAAUGGCAAGCUGGAAGAACACGAGAUCAAGCUUCACAAAACAGUCCAGAAAGAGCUGGUACCGACAGCAUCAGUUUCCGAACGAACGAGCUCGAUCGAUCUGCUGUCUCAGACCCCAAAAGACUUGGGACUUGAUGCAAACAGCUCGACUCUGGAAAGGAUAGGCAUCGAUCUAGAUGGCGCCAACAUUGUGUGUGACGGCUUGUGGGAGCAACAAGGAAUCCACCCGGUUGACGAACUCACGGAUCUCUUUGUGUCGGCCUCGGAUGCAGCGUCGACAGUAGGAGGAGGGGGUAUUGACUUGCCCGUCGGCGACGGCUCUUCCCCCGACGAUAUCACGGAUCUGUCCCAGUUGUUCACAUUCGCAGAGUCAUUGAAUCAUGACGAAGAUCCUGUUUUCCCGGAAUUCUCUCCUACGGCUAUUGUGCGCAACUACGCUCCAGCGGCUCAGCAGAUGUCAGCCCGGGUAUCUAUCCAUCAGCCUUUGAACAACCCGUCAUGGACCUUGAUCGAGUAUUACUUCAAAGAGGUUGCGGCCUUGUUUUCCAGUUAUGACAGCCAGAUGAAUCCCUUUAGAACGACAGUCUCACGUCUCUGGGGCUCUUCGCUCGCCAUGUGUCGCACCAUGCAAAGCAUGGCUGCGGCAUCUCUGGUGAAUGAUUUUCCCCAAUUUGGACCGAUUGGCCGAAAAAUGCGAGACGAAGCCAUCGAAGCUAUUACAAACGAGCCCGUCAUUGACGACAAGUCGCUUUUGGCAUUGCUCAUGCUCGGACAGACCGCCAGUUGGCAUGAUUCUAAUGAUUUGGGCGUUUCGUUCUUCAACACCCUACGCAAGCAUCUCAACACUCUCACUGCGGAAGAAUCCGGUGGCAGUAUGAAAAAAACCAGUAACAACUACCGGUUCUUCGAGGAGGCUCUUAUCUACUGGGAAAUGCUCCUUUCCUUCGUGACGGACACCGAUAGCAUUGCAACCUCUGACACGUUGACCUCCGGGUUCAACAGUGGUGGCACCCUCGUCUUGCAGCGUGUUCCACACCCAUGGACGGGGAUUGCCCGAGACACCCAAUUCACGGUCCAUGAAAUCGGGCGGCUCGUUCGCAAAGAGCGGCGGCGGUUCCGAACCUGUCGGUUCACGUCCCAGGAGGACAUCACGCAGGCGCAGCAGGCUAUAUCUAAAGCCCAAGAACUCGAGGAACGACUCCUGAGCCUCUCACACCCCAGCGAAGCAGAUAUCGUCAGUCCCGGCGACGACGACACCCCCGUCUGGCAUCUGCUGACCAUGGCGGAAGUGUAUCGUUGCACCGGCCUUAUGCAGCUCUACCGGGCGUUCCCCGACCUGCUUCGCCUGCGAUUACCUCUUCACUCCGUCCACGCCGUCCAUGCCCAGCCACACAUGAUGAUGAUGAUGAACAAUGACGCAGCCUCGUUUUUCGAUCCAUGCACCGCUUCUAUUUUCGACAACCUGGCAGAAAACCUCAUGUUCAACAAUGCCCAGAAUGCCUCUUCUUCCUCUUCCUCUUCUGCUUCUACUUCUUCCACAUCGACGUCUACUUCUACUUCUACUUCCUCCCCUCCCUCCGCCUCCUCUUCAGACCAAACAUCCCACCACGACAAUUGGCUUACAACCUUCGCAUUAACAACUCUCUCCCGCCUGAAAACCAUCCCCCUCGAAUCCCGCACUCGCUGCCUCCAACCUUUCCUCCUCGUCGCCGCCAGCAGCGAGCUCCGCCUUCCCUCCCCGCUUCUCUCCGACCCGGGAACCAUCUCCCCGCACGCCGUGGAGGUGUCGCGCACCCGCAAGUUCGUCCUCGCCAGACUCACCUCCUUCCUGCACGUCCUGCCCCCGAAACCAAUCAGGGUCUGUCUGCUCCUCGUCCAGGAGGUGUGGAGACGCAUGGACGCCGGCCUGCCCAACACGUACUGGGUUGAUGUUAUGAUGGAGAAAGGGUGGGAGACUACCAUGGGCUAAAAGUAGGGGAAGCUAAGAUAACUGCAAAUGGGCUUGUACCUAAUUCAUUCAUUCAUGAUCAUGGGUGUACAUCCGUACAUAGUUAUAUAUAACAAGCUAUACAUACGCAUCGACAAAUCAUAUUAGACAUACACAUCGCUUCCAGCUCUAAAUGCUCUCGCCGUUCCUAUUAUACCGGGCCAUUAAUCGAAUACUGCGGUACCUCACUCUUCAUAUCGAAAGAAUAGAAAUGGAAAGGACAUAAAAAGGGCUCGAGAUUAUUAAAGAAUGCAUGGAAAAUAAGGAGUGCCAAGGGGGAAGAAUUAAGAGAAAGAAAGAAAGAAAGAAAGAAA